AUGUUUUGGGGUAGCAAAACGCCACAGGAGCCUGAGAAGGACUCGGCGCAUACCGAGUCCACACCGAACAACGAUCCUUCCGCCUCCGCCUCACAAGCUGCUGGUACUGCAUGGCUCGCCGGACACCUGCACCACCUUACACCGGAACAAGAGGGAAAGUUGCAGCAGUUCAAGGCGCUAUGUGCUGAGAAGAAGUACUAUACUCCUGCUGUGGAACAAGCAGAGGGUGUUGAAGCGAAGCCCGCCAGCCACGAUGAUGCUACUUUAUUGCGCUUCCUGCGAGCCCGCAAGUUUGACAUCGAUGGAGCCUGGGCUCAGUUCAAAGACACCGAAAACUGGCGGAAAGAUAACGCCAUCGAGUCGUUAUACGCCAAUAUUAGCGUGGAUUCAUACGAGGCCUCUCGGCGCAUGUACCCCCAAUGGACGGGCCGUCGCGAUCGCCGCGGAAUCCCCGUCUACGUUUUCGAGAUCCGCCACCUGGACAGCAAGGCUGUUGCCGCUUACAACUCCACACUGACCAGCGGUACACCCGAAACACACAAGUCAUCCACCGUCCCUGCGCGUCUGCUGAACCUCUUCGCUUUGUACGAGAACCUUCUUCGCUUCGUGAUGCCGCUUUCUUCGGCUCUUCAGCGCCCUAACCCGGAGACGCCUAUCGUGACCUCAACCAACAUCGUCGAUGUCAGCGGUGUUGGACUGAAACAAUUCUGGAAUUUGAAGACCCACAUGCAGGAUGCUAGUGUUUUAGCCACGGCGCACUACCCGGAGACAUUAGACCGGAUCUUCAUUAUCGGAGCCCCCUCGUUCUUCCCUACCGUCUGGGGCUGGAUCAAGCGCUGGUUCGAUCCAGGCACCACCUCGAAGAUCUUCAUUCUCUCUGCCGCAGAGGUCUCCCCCACUCUCACAUCCUUCAUGGAGCCCACCAGCAUCCCGAAGCAAUACGGGGGCCAGCUCGACUGGACUUGGGGCCAGAUGCCCAACCUGGACGAGCCCAGCCGUGAACUGCUCCGCGGUUUGGAGCAGCCGCUCGCCGCUGGCCAAACACGGAAGGAUAUCCUCAAGGGUCCUGUGCUGUUUGAGGGUGACCACCUCAAGGUGCUGGGAACUGUGGAUGGAAAGGAGCGGAGAGAGACCAUCCCCGUUCCCAGGACACAGGAUUCCGUCUCAGAGCCCAGCCCUAAGCCCGCUGAGAAGGCAGACUGUGCGGCUACCGAGGCCGAGACGACGGUAGAGGACAGCGAGAAGGCUAUUGACAACGUGGCUGUUAAGGUUAAUCAGUUGUCUGUUGAUGAGACGGAGAACCCUGUGGCCGCAUAG